AUGAAGUUUUCUUUGGACUCCAAAAUCAUUGCAUUUAUUCUGGCUGUUCUUCCUGCAGCUUCUGCUGCCAAAGAAAGCUUCAACUUGCUUUGCUACACGACAACCGGCUCCUUUGCAGGUGCUGAGCUCUAUUACAAAGAUGGGCUGAUUAUGAUUUCGAAUCUUACCGCUCCUUCCAACUUGACUUCAAUCUAUUUUACUCGGGACCGGAGCCUCCCGUCCGCACCGUGGACAGUCUCCCCCAACACAACCAGGUCCCCGAACCCGCCCUUUGGCGGUGGCGAGCUCGUGCUUCCGGGUGAUGACAACUCGACCUACCCCGAUGUCACCGUUACCAGCAAUGCAACCGGGUCGGCCGACUUGCUGCUCUACGGGGAGACUGUCUUUGCUCAUGUCAACGGCAGCUACAAGAACCCGUUUUACGCCGCUGUUACAGAUGACGCGGAUAUUUGGCAGCUGCUGUGGAACCCAGCCCAUCCGAAUGAGAAGAAUCUUACUCCGGUGCUGCUACGCACGAGCAUUGUAGUGUAA